GUGUAUGAUGGUGACUCCUGCUAUAAGUAUACGCUGGCGAAUGGCUCACUGUUUUCUAUUCAGAAGGCGAAGGCUCCUGAAGAAGAGGGAAAGGUGCAGCUCUUCGAUGAUGAUGAUGACGAGGAAGCGGAUGAGCAAUAUGGUGAAGUUGAUGACGAUACCGACACUGCGCGACCGAAGGAGACUUUCGUUGAGGAGGGAGAGGGAGAGCUCGAGUCGGAGGCUUAUAUUAGACAGUUAAGAUGCAGACGCUUUUUCGUGGCUAAGAACAUUACUAAGGAACUGGAAGGAGAGAUGAAG